UGCAAGGCAUAUGGGACUAGUUGGUCGUGUUGCUGUUUUUUUUCUGGUCCGUUUUAAGAGAAAAGUCCCGUGGCGAAUUUCGGGAUAGAAGUGCAACGGAAAUUGUUAACAACAAAGCAGACAUAAACAAACAAACAGCAAAACGGCGUUUCUACCGCAGCGUCGCCUCUUCGAUGGCGGUUUGUUGAGUGGGAGUGGUGCGGGCGCGGGUGCGGGUGGUGGCAGCAGCGCAGGCGUGAACGUCAUCAACAGUAGUAGCAGCAGCAGCAGCACAGGAGCAACAAAAUGUCGGCCGCCUUUAUAUCCAAAACCAAAAACGCCCUCGUUCGACAAGGACCGGGACUACAUUGGCUUCGCUACGUUACCGGAGCAGGUUCACCGCAAAUCGGUGAAGCGUGGCUUCGAGUUCACGCUAAUGGUGGUGGGCGAAUCCGGUCUUGGCAAAUCAACGCUAAUUAACAGCCUCUUCCUGGGCGAUCUCUACAAGAACCGGCAGAUGCCGAAUGUAGAGGAGCGCAUCGAGAAGACCACGCGUGUGGAAAAGAAAACUAUGGAUAUUGAGGAGCGUGGCGUACGCCUGCGUCUGACAGUGGUCGACACGCCCGGCUUCGGAGACGCUAUCAACUGUGAGGACAGCUGGCGGGUGUGCACCCAAUACAUUGAUGAGCAAUUCCGGCAAUAUUUUACCGAUGAGAGCGGCCUCAACCGACGCAAUAUUCAGGAUAAUCGCGUGCACUGCUGCCUCUACUUUGUGCCACCAUGGGGCCACAGUCUGCGGCAAAUGGAUCUGGACUUGAUCAGACGGCUGCAUCGCAAAGUUAACAUUGUGCUGGUCAUUGGCAAGGCUGACUGCCUGAAUAAGACGGAGGUCCGAAAACUGAAAGAGCGUAUUCUGCAGGAUCUCGAGGACAAUCACAUACAACUCUAUCAGUUUCCCGAGUGUGAUUCCGACGAGGACGAGGACUUCAAGCAGCAGGAUCGUGAACUGAAGGCCUCUAUUCCAUUUGCUGUCGUGGGAAGCAAUACCAUUCUCGAGGUUGCGGGCAAAAAGGUGCGUGGUCGCCAAUAUCCCUGGGGCGUCGUCAACGUGGAGGAUCCGGAACACAGCGAUUUCAUUAAAUUGCGCACGUUCCUGAUUUCAACGCACAUGCAGGACCUGAAGGAUACCACACAGGACGUACACUACGAGAACUUUCGGGCCCAAUGCAUUUCACAGAUUUCACAGCAUGCGCUGCGCGAGCGUGGCAAGUUGAAGCGCGACUCGAUAAGCUCGACGAACGGCUUCGAUGCGGCCAUCUCCGAAACGGAUCGCUUGCUCUUGCAAAAGGAUGAGGAGAUACGUCGCAUGCAGGAUAUGCUCACGCAAAUGCAGGAGAAGCUCAAGCAAACGCACCUCAUGGAGAUGAAAAAGAACGACAGCGUUAUUGACGUCUAAGUUUUAUAGAUGGCGUGUUCAAUUUAGCAGCAUUAUAUGUAAAAAUAAUGCGUUUUUCAUAAAAACAUAUACAUAUAACGCACCUCUAAAGAAACAGUUCCAUGUGUUUAGGCACACGAUAGCAGGAUCGGCUCUGAUGCCUAAUGUUGCGCAGCUCCGGUUCUUGACUCUCAAGCCUCCAAUUCAUUUCAAGACAACCAAAACCCGUUUGAGUUAAUUAGUUUUUAUUUAUAAUUUUUAUUGUAUUAUUUUUAUUUAAUAAAACACUUUUGUUAAACAAACUUAUUGUAGAACAAAAACAACGACUAUUGCCGAAUUUGUAUUCCACGAAAGACAAAUCGAAUAGAGAAACCAAAAACUAUUGUUUGUGAAGAACGGGCAAGCCUGCAAAUGUUUGUUAUUGAAAAAGAAAACACUUUCCUUAGCCGACCCAAAUUUAUCCGGCUUAUAUGGCCAAUAACAAAAAACAAAAACAAUUAAAGUUUUCAACAUUUGCCGAAAACACAAAGUAUGUUAUUAAUUACGCAUGUAGAUGCAAAUCUAAGCGAACAGGGAAACACAAAGAAUAAGAGAAGUGUAUUUAAUAUUUAAAAAGUAGCACCAAUUUAUCGCAAGUUUAAUGAAUAACAUUUAAAAAGGCUGCCCCAAGCGCCCUACAUACAUACAUACAUGCAUACCAAAGUAUACAAGUUUCAAAAACUAAGCAACAUGAAAUGCUAAAAACAAUAUACAAACAGGCAGACAUUUUAUUGCACGACCUCUGUUAUAUGAUUUAUUUCUUGUUUGUAUUUUAUUUUAGCAUCAAACAGAACCCACUUGUAUUAUGUAAUUUGUGUACUAAAAUUCUAAAAAUAAUUUGAGCACUAAUAUACUUGUAUGUAAGUAUAUGGCCUUGCAUUUCCAAUAUAUAGUAUAUUGCACAAGCUCCACGUAUAUAAGUAUGCUAAUUAUUCCAAUUAUUAAUAAUAUUAUUGUAAUCAUAAUUUAUUACAAACUAUUUUGUUGAAACCAAUUGUUAAUGAAUUAUAAUUAAUUAUGCCAUGUGCCCGAAGGCUGAAAAGUAUAUAUCUAUAUUCUAAAUCGAUCUACACAUAUCCGUUAGUCUGUCUGAUGGCCUGGUAUUCGAAAACGGCUGGGCCCACAUUAUCACCAGGUUCGGUAAUGUAGACUCUCCCAAUCUCUACGUAAUAAUUUUAAUUUUUUCCCGCUACAGAAUUUCUUCAAGAUUGUCAAUUCCAAGACUAUAAAAACUAAACUUUCACGCAUUAUUUAAAUGUAUGUAAUUCUAAAACUUCAUUAAAAUUUGUUAGUCCUAAAAAAAUAUAUAAUAGCGGCGAAAGCUUUUUUUUUUUUGGGUACAGGGUAUUUUACUGUCGGGCUGUGCCGACAUUCUCUCUUGUUUUGAAACAUAACUAAGCAUACAUACAAGAUCUUUGGAUAUUUACACGCAAAUUAUAGUGGAAUAAUAAUAAUGAAUAUAACGAAUCAGAAAUAAAUACAGAAAUAACUUAAAGGGGGCAAUUAAGUAAAUAAAGAAAACAAAAACGAAUAAAUACAAAUUCCAAAACAAUAAACUUUUAUGUAGACUUUUUAAGCUCUGUAAGAUGAAAAUUAAUGAAUUAUAUUAAUAAAUUAUUAAAUACAACUUGUAGUUGCAAUUGGAUGGGAAGUACACUGCCCGAGAACCGAUUAGUUCCCUUUUACUCGACUAGUGUGUAUGGAAAUAACUCAGAGCUCUGAAUGCCUCUAUAUAUGUUUUUUUCAUUUAUUCUAAUAAUUAAUGCCUUUUUUUUAUUUGAAAUGUAACAAAUAUGACUCCAUUUUUUCGUGGCAGUCAAUUUUUGUAUCAUUUGACAAAUUUUUAAUUAAAACAAAUAACAAUGGGAAAAUGAAAAUCGUCUGACGUAUCCGAGAGAGCCAAAAUAAAAGAGAAAAGGACUGCUUAAGUCAACUCUAAAUA